AUGGUCUACCUCAAAUCCCUAGCUGGAGGCGCACUCUUCGCCACCAUCGCCUCGUCGGCCGUCCUACCUCGCCAGUCGACAAGCCUGAACGAUGCCUUUGUCGCGGCAGGUAAAUCCUACUUCGGCACUUGCUCUGACCAGGCCCUGCUGCAGAACAGCCAGAACGAGGCCGUUCUCAACGCGCAGUUUGGGGCGCUGACGCCGGAGAAUAGCAUGAAGUGGGAUUCUAUUGAGCCCAGCCAGGGUAGUUUUAGCUGGAGCGGUGCGGACUUCUUGGUCGACUAUGCGACUGAGAAUAACAAGUUGAUUCGCGGACACACUCUUGUCUGGCACUCGCAGCUCCCGUCGUGGGUAUCCUCCAUCAGCGACAAAACUCAACUGCAGCAAGUCAUCGAGAACCACAUCAGCGAGGUAGUGGGUCGGUACAAGGGCAAGAUCUUCCACUGGGACGUCGUCAACGAAAUCUUCAACGAAGACGGUACUUUCCGCGACAGCGUCUUCUACAACGUCCUUGGUGAGGACUUUGUCAAGAUUGCGUUCGAGGCUGCGCGUGCCGCAGACCCAGAUGCGAAGCUGUAUAUCAAUGAUUACAACCUGGACUCGGCCAGCUAUGCCAAGACGCAGGCGGUGGUCAGCAAUGUGUCGAAGUGGCUGGCGGCUGGAGUUCCGAUUGAUGGAAUUGCUCUGGCCUCUCUCGCUGGCACCGGGGUGUCUGAAGUUGCCAUCACCGAGCUGGACAUCGCAGGCGCUGCAUCAGCCGACUACCUGAACUUGCUGAAUGCCUGCUUGGACGAGGAGAAAUGCGUGGGCAUCACCGUCUGGGGCGUGUCGGACAAGGACUCGUGGCGGUCGGAGCUCACCCCCUUGCUGUUUGACGGCAGCUACCAGGCCAAGGACGCCUACAACGCGAUCAUCGAUGCCCUGGCGUAG